CCCUGAUCUCCCCUAAGCAGCUUUGGGGGCGCAGGGUAUAUCAGGGGGGUGGGCGCUCCCCCCCCGCCACCGCCGCCAUGGACGAGGAAGAGUUCUACCUGUUCAAGAACCAGUCGUCGGUGGGGCCCUGGGAUGGGCCCCAGUACCACAUCGCGCCCAAGUGGGCCUUCUACCUGCAGACCAUCUUCAUGGGCCUGGUGUUCGUGGCGGGCACCCCCCUGAACGCCAUCGUCCUCAUCGUCACCAUCAAGUACAAGAAGCUGCGGCAGCCGCUCAACUACAUCCUGGUGAACAUCUCCGUCAGCGGCCUCAUGUGCUGCGUCUUCUGCAUCUUCACCGUCUUCGUCGCCAGCUCCCAGGGAUACUUUGUCUUCGGGAAGCACAUGUGUGCCUUUGAGGGCUUUGCAGGGGCCACCGGAGGGAUGGUGACAGGGUGGUCCUUGGCCUUCCUGGCCUUCGAGCGCUACAUCGUCAUCUGCAAACCCUUCGGCAACUUCCGCUUCAACUCCCGCCACGCGCUGCUGGUGGUGGCGGCCACCUGGAUCAUCGGCGUCGGCGUCGCCAUCCCGCCCUUCUUCGGCUGGAGCAGGUACAUCCCCGAGGGGCUGCAGUGCUCCUGCGGCCCUGACUGGUACACGGUGGGCACCAAGUACAAGAGCGAAUACUACACCUGGUUCCUCUUCAUCUUCUGCUUCAUCAUCCCACUCUCCCUCAUCAUCUUCUCCUACUCCCAGCUGCUCAGCGCCCUGCGGGCCGUGGCGGCGCAGCAGCAGGAGUCGGCCACGACGCAGAAGGCGGAGCGGGAGGUGUCGCGCAUGGUGGUGGUCAUGGUCGGCUCCUUCUGCAUGUGCUACGUGCCCUACGCGGCGCUGGCCAUGUACAUGGUGAACAACCGCGAGCACGGCAUCGACCUGCGCCUCGUCACCAUCCCUGCCUUCUUCUCCAAGAGCUCCUGCGUCUACAACCCCAUCAUCUACUGCUUCAUGAACAAACAGUUCCGCGCCUGCAUCAUGGAGACGGUGUGCGGGCGGCCCAUGUCAGACGACUCCGAUGUGUCCAGCUCGGCCCAGCGCACCGAGGUCUCCUCUGUGUCCUCCAGCCAGGUCGGCCCCAGCUGAGGGGCUCCGGCACCGCCCCAGCCCCCGGGACCCCCGGCUGCCCCCCCGCUAUCCCCCAGCUGCCCCCACCGAGGGGCUGGCUCUGCCCUGGGGGCCGGGGGCCCCGGCCAGCCUAGGAUGUAGCGCGGGUGGGACAAUAAACCACGGCCGCGGUCUGAGCGCAACGGGGACCCGCUGAGCACCCGGGACCUGUGGGACAGGGCACCCACGGCGUGGGCG